CGGUCAGCUGCAUCUUCCAGGAAAAACUACCACUACCGAGAUGCUAGAGCAGGGAUGGUUUCCGGGAAGGACCUGAAAUGUUUGGCCGGGUGUUGGAAUGGGGGGAGAAAGUGUGAGGAAAAUGACCGGAUUGCUAUUUUUAAAUGAGGUUUAACUUCAAUCAGAGAGGAGGAGAGGGGGAGUCUGAAGGGGGAUGAAUGAACCAGCCGGAUGAGUUAGGGAGGGUGGAGCUGCCAUCAUUAUGAUGUGGGAAAAAUGAGGAAAAAAUGCAUCGAGUCUUCUUCUUAGGAUCUUUGCCACCUCUAAACCACCCAUGAGAUUGCCCAGCGAAUCGGUGAUUGACAGGCCUCAUUCUCUGUAAUGGAAAAUCGUGAUGAUGAAGCGGAGCAGCACCACAGCACAAUGGUGGGAGAGGCGAGCAGCAUGGGGGACACUACGCCUCCCCCGAAGCGUAAAGGCAAGUUUUCUACCAUUGGUAAGAUCUUCAAACCCUGGAAGUGGCGGAAGAAGAAAAGCAGCGCGCAGUUCACUCAAACAUCCGAAGAACUGGAGAGAAAGAUGUCGACAAGACGUACUCGACAGGAGCUCAUAGAGCAAGGGCUGCUGAAGGAGGUCCCAGAUAAUGAUGGAGAGGCACAAAAUGUGAAACAGUCUUACGUUAAGAAUGGCCACACACUUCCAGUCAGUGGAGGUGGAGGAGUCAUCGGCACCGGGAGGAGCCCUGGUAACCAGGUCAAGCACCACGGAGAGACAGACUUUAGGAUGAACCCUGGGAGGCUCACCCAGCCGGAGGACCACAGGGGCCGCUCUCCCUCAGACGGAGACCGGCGUGGAGCUUUGUGCUCCAGGGGGGCUGGACUCCAUGAAGAAGGGUGGAGAGGUGGGGGGGUGGGGGCACGUGCACAUGGGGAUGGUGAGUGGAAAUCCAACUUGGCCUGGCAGGGACAGAUCCACGCUCAGAUGGAUGAAGGCAGGCGGGUGGGCAGGCUUCACCCCGACGAUGGGCAGAGGAGACCGGGGCUGCAGAAAGCCCCAUCGGAGGAUGGCAGAAGGAGGCCUGCAGAGGCGGACUGGAAGCCAACGCUCCCUCGUCAUGCUUCUGCAGAGGAGGGAAGAACCCGCAGAGAGUCAGACAGCCAUUUUGUGCCUGACCAAGAGGCGCUGCAGGACACCCUUCGUGAACCUCUGCCACCUAAACAGUCAGUUAUGCCUCCCAAGUGGCUGAUGAGCUCCCCCUCUGAACCUGGCAGUGACGGCCCACCUCGAACCCCAUCCAAUCACCCCACCAUCCAAUACUCCUCCCCCUCAGCUGGGACUUCCAAACCAGUUCGAUCUGUGUCUUCUGCGGGUACCAAUACUCAUCAGCCUUCACCUUCGGCCCUAACGCCCACCUCUCAGGGCACCAAGCAGCCUCCUCUGCCUCCACCGAAGCCUGUAAAUAGGAACAACGCAAUGCUGGUAUCCGCCCUGCAGGGGGGAGAAAACGCUCAGCUUCCCCUCUACUGGUCCUGCUGGAAGCGGGAGUGUGACUACGACGUCUACUUGUCUCUGCCCGUCUACCUGUGCCGGCGGGCUGGGGGCCUGCGCUCAGCUGAGUUCCACCAAGCCACAGGGGGUGCAAGUCUUCAUCCGGCGAAGCCCUCUCCUCCAAUGCCCCCUAAGAGAACGACCCCGGUCACUAAACGGAGCACUGAGGACUCUACUCCGAGCCAUCCCGUCACCCCGUCCCCACACUCUGUGGAGGACCACAGCAGCCACACUGUGGGCUUCCAGCUUCCCCCUCCUCCUCCCUCCCCACCCCUGCCAACCCACAUACCGCCCUCUCCGCCCCGCCAGCACAUGCACUCCCAUCACCUCCACCAUCAGCAUUCCUACCCCCACCCUCUGCCUCAGCCCAUACCGAUGCUGUUCGACCCACCGAGUCCAACGGUGGAGUCGCCCCAGAGACCAGCCCCUGUCCCGCUUCACAUCAUGAUCCAGAGAGCCCUGUCCAGUCCUGGCCCGGCGCAGCCUCAUCCAGACGGGGCGCAGCGAGCGCAUGCGUUGCUCUUUGAAACCCCUCCGGAGUAUCAAGCGGAUCGCGGCCGACCUCUGCCUGUCAGCAUUCAGCCACUAAAACUAUCUGAAGAUGACUACUCAGAGGAAGAAGAGGAGGAAGACGAUGAGGAAGAGGAGGAGUACGAUGGGGAGAUCCCGCAGCCGGAGCUGGAACCUCGGAGUCGCCGCUGCCUGGUCGGUGACGCUGGUGUUUGUGUCCUUCCUGGUGAAAAUAGCAGCGAGGAGGAGGAAGAUGAGGAAGACGAUGAGCGGGGACAGCAAGAUGGGCACGGGGAAGACAGUGAUUCAGACGGUCCUGUGCUUCAUAAAGAGGAAGACUCUGAUGAAGAGGAUGAGCCCCCACUCAGUGCCUUGGCCAGCAGGGUCAAGAGGAAGGACACUUUGGCUCUGAAGCUGAGCGGCCGUCCCUGCGCCCCGGAUAGGGACAGGUUCAUGCAGGAGAGAAACAACCGAGAGGAUCAGCCUCCGGGGCAGACCGGCCUAACCUGGCAGAGCAGGGAGCAGUGGGAGGCCAUUCGUACACAGAUUGGCACUGCACUCACAAGGCGGCUCAGUCAGAGACCAACUGCUGAGGAGCUUGAACAAAGAAACAUCCUUCAGCCUAAAAAUCAGGCUGACAGGCAGGCGGAGGUUAGGGAGAUCAAACGGCGUCUGACCAGAAAGCUGAGUCAAAGACCCACAGUCGCAGAGCUGCAGGCGAGAAAGAUCCUGCGUUUCCACGAGUAUGUGGAAGUCACAGAGGCCCAAGACUACGACAGAAGGGCGGACAAGCCGUGGACUAAGCUGACUCCUGCUGACAAGGCUGCCAUCCGAAAGGAGCUCAACGACUAUAAAAGCACUGAAAUGGAGGUUCAUGAAGAAAGCAGAAUUUAUACAAGGUUUCAUCGGCCUUAGCAUUCAGGCGCUUGGAUAAAGAAGCACUUAAGAUUUCUGUGAAAAGAAGGGGCUCAGACUGCAGAUUGCCCUUUUUUUUUCCUCCCGCCACUUCCAGACUUUGCUGUACUGUUUAAUCAGGGAAAGAGCCUGGAAGUCACUCACAGCGAGAACGCCCGCCGCUUUCCUUCAUUGCCUCCCCUCUCUAUAUUGCUUUUUGCUUGAAGAACCAAGGCAGUGGCGGGCGAGGUCCAGAUGCAGUAUUUUUUCUAGAUGAUGGCGGGGUGAAGGAGGGGAGGAGACCCAACGUGCCAACGAGGGAGUGAGGCAGCAGAGGAGCUACACUACAGGCUGACUCUCACUCUGCUGCUGUGUGCUGCCCUUCAGGGACUUGGAUCUAGUUAAAACCUUUAAUGCGGCCUCAUUCUGUAUUGCCUUUUUCUCUCUUUACUGUAUAUGGAAACAAUAGCUCAUCUUGUUAAUGUAAUAGCAUACAAUAAAACAGUAAUAAUGAUGAGGACCUAUCAUAUUUCACAUAGUAAUAAUAGAUAACAGAGACUGAAGGACCGGAAUGUGAAGAUUUGGACAUUUUUCACUUUAGGAUUUGGCAUCUCUGGGAUAUUGUGUUUUGUAUUAGUUAUGUACAGACUGCUGUUGUUAUAUCUUAGAAUGCAACUGGGGAAAGAAGUUAUGAUAAAAAUAUUCUGUUAUGCACAAACUUUUUAUUUUAUAAUUGUUACCACAUGAGUAGUGAGAGCUCUCAUUUGAGCCUUUUUAUUUCAUUGUUUGGCUUUGCCUGUAUUUGUGGAUGUGAUGUAAGGUGGCCAAUUUAGCAUCAAAUUAGCUUUAGAAAAAAAGUUCAGGUCAGUGAGACAGUCUGCGUUUUUAUGCGUGCCAACAUGAGCAAUGCCUGAAGGACUAUAGGAAGCUGCUUUUUGCAAUCCAAUGCAUGAGCCAACUGGACGUCCAGUGACAUUGGAUCUGGAUGAUCUUCCUUCAUUUAUACCUUUUUUUUUAUGAGUUUUUGUACUUCCUUUUGAGGGAUGAACAAGCAACGCAUUCUGUAGCCAUUUUAAAUAAGGUCAUUCUCAUAGUGUCUGUAAUAAGAGCUUGAAUAUAAGUUGCUGUGAGCAUAGAUCAGGGAUUUAUACAACACACACAAAAAAAUCUGAAGUAUAAUCGGUCAACAGGGAGUCAGUUUUGGUUGGAGAAUUUUGAAGCUGCAGGAAUGUUUUAUUGUAUUUUUUUUUUUUUUUUCUGGCCAGUAGCUUACAGGGUUCUCCAUGUUGUGUUCAUAAAGGUUUAACUGAUGCUUCUGUAUAUCUUGUCUUCCUUUCAUUUGGAAAAAAAAAAAGGUAUUAUAGGUUGCUAUUUUUUUAAGUACAAAACAUUAGUUCAUGAUUAAAUGCAACAAAAAUGGGAAUGUGAAAGCCUUUCUUUUUUUGUAAAAAAAA